GAAGCCCUCGCCGGCACGCUCCCUCUCCCCUGUUUAGCUAGGCCGCCCCCGCCCUCCCGUAGUCCCCCGUUCCUCCUCCACCAAGAAGCAAGAACUGAGAAUUGUCCGCCCCAUUCCUCCCGUAAUUCACUGCUCCUCCGCUGCAUUGUUGUUCCAGAGGAUUGCGCCAGUGAAGCCACGUUGCGCAUCCGGCUCGCCGCUCACCCGUCCAGUCCGAGCCCAGCUUAUUUCGUUCGCUCCGCAAAACUCCAUCCGCUCGCAGGCUCUCUCCAUCUCCGUCCGCGCCGAACACUCCGCGCCAUUUAGAUCCAGGCAUCCUCCCAUUUCAUCCGCGCUCGCCUCUGUUCCCCGUAGGCAUCCUAGUUGUGCUCGUCUCCGGGGCCCCUUCGUUGCCGCCGCCGUGGAGUGCAGAUCCGUCAGGACUUGUGGCGGAUCCAUUCAUUUUGUUGGAGGGAUUGGGUCGAAUAAGAUUGAUGACAUUUUGACACUGCCAAUCACCUUUCCCACGGGAUCCACAUCGCUGCAAAUACUGCAAAUUGCAUUGUAAAGCCAUUCUAAGGAAUGCAGAAAGAUGUAUUUGCAUGCUAAAGAUUUCUCUUGUGAAGAGGAGGGCAUUUCUCCAACUCAUUUAAAAUCACUGGUUCUUCAUGAGCAAGGAUUUCAAGUGCACAUUAGGUGCAUAUCAGAAAGUAACUGUGAUGCCACUAAUGUCAGAAAUAUCGCUAUGCUAGAUCGUAUAAUUUCUGAAGACGGUUGAAGUUUUCUGUUUUUACCAACUUGCUACAGUUAAUUAAGAUAAUAAGAAUCAUUUGCUAGGAUUUGUUUAUGAUGGAAGCAGAGAAGAAUGGAAACAUUUUGAUGCAAAAGUAUGAGGUUGGCAAAUUAUUGGGGCAGGGAACUUUUGCCAAGGUAUAUCAUGCUAGGAACAUAGUGACGUCACAAAGUGUUGCUAUCAAGGUGAUUGAUAAAGACAAAAUUUUCAAGGUUGGUCUAAUGGAGCAGAUCAAACGGGAGAUAUCAGUGAUGAAAUUAGUGAGGCACCCAAACAUUGUACAACUUUAUGAGGUCAUGGCUACUAAAACAAAAAUAUAUUUUGUUCUUGAAUAUGUCAAGGGUGGUGAAUUAUUUAACAAAAUUGCUAAAGGUAAGUUAAGAGAAGAUGCUGCAAGGAAGUACUUCCAACAAUUGGUUAGUGCGGUUGAUUUUUGCCACAGCAGGGGUGUGUAUCAUCGUGAUUUGAAGCCGGAAAACCUACUCGUUGAUGAGAAUGGGAACCUGAAAAUUUCAGAUUUUGGAUUGAGUGCACUUGCUGAGUCAAGGCGCCAAGAUGGCCUUCUUCACACAACUUGCGGUACUCCAGCAUAUGUGGCACCUGAGGUCAUCAGCCGAAAAGGAUAUGAUGGUGCAAAGGUUGACACUUGGUCAUGUGGGGUGAUCUUAUUUGUUCUUAUGGCUGGUUAUCUGCCAUUCCAAGAUUCAAAUUUGAUGGAGAUGUACAGAAAGAUUGGGAAAGCAGAUUUCAAAUGUCCACCUUGGUUUCCAUCAGAUGUACGAAAGCUAGUGUCAAGAAUUCUUGAUCCAAACCCUAGGACUAGAAUGCCAAUUACAAAAAUAGUGGAAUGCUUUUGGUUCAAAAAGGGCCUUGACAGCAAGCUAAUCCGAAAGAAUAUCGAGAUGAAGGGGAAAGUUUCAGCUCUAACUGAUGUUAAUGUGGUUUUCUCAUCCACAGGUAGCAGUAGCGGGAACAAUAAAAUGGUUGAUGAGAAACAUGAUUCAGCAAAAGUCACCAACCUUAAUGCUUUUGAUAUUAUUUCCCUUUCAGAAGGCUUCAAUCUUUCUGGCUUAUUUGAGGAGACUGAGAAUAAAAAAGAGGCAAGGUUCACAUCUAGCCAAUCAGCUUCAACUAUUAUAUCAAAACUUGAGGAUGUUGCCACAUGUUCAAAGCUUACUGUAAAGAAGAAAGAAGGUGGUGUGCUAAAAAUGGAAGGUGAAAGUGAAGGAAGGAAAGGUGUCUUGUCUAUUGAUGCAGAGAUCUUUGAAGUUACACCUUCAUUCCAUCUGGUAGAGAUCAAAAAGAACAAUGGGGAUACACUAGAAUACGAAAAUUUGUUUAAGCAGGACAUGAAGCCAGCCCUCAAAGAUAUUGUUUGGGCAUGGCAAGGCGAACGUCAGGAUCAGCGAACUGAAGAUCAUAAGCAGCUAUAGAUUUGCCUUAUUAUUGAACUGGCUUGUUUCCACAGUAAGGCCCAUCGUUGGUUAGCAUUCAGAUGUUGUAUCUUGUCACUUUUUUCGAUUCAUUUUAUCUUAUGGCCUUCUUGAAUUACUGCUUCUCUGAUAUUGACAUGAACAUCUGAUUCGAUUGUGAACUUAUUAAGCAGCAUCAUGUUGUUAUGAUGAGUCUACCAUUAACUGUUGUUUAUGCUGUUGCCAAUCCACCAAUCCAGUUUCUUUAGCCAAGAACCUUGAUUCAUUCAGAGUAUCAACUGGCAGGUUGAAAAGAAACAUCAAACCCUGAUGGACUGUAGUAAAAGAGGAUGAUCAUCU